CAGCAGUGGAAGGUCUGGCAGGAGGCAGGACGAGCUUUAUCGGAGUGCAGGGAAGUGUGGGAGUCUUUACCACGGCCUCCAUACACUCGGCCAAGGCGCGACUCCAGCCCCGCGGUUCGCUAGGCCCAGUGCAGUUGGCCCGACAUCCCACCUUCGCGUGCUCCGCGCGGACUAACAAGUGGAAACUUUUGGCAAGCUGUUACUCAGCAACCACAAAUCAUGUCAGAGGUCCAGAAGAAGCUCCAGGAGCUGUCCGAGAGCUACCAGAGCCUGCAGGCAGAGCUCGGAACGGCUGUAGAGGCACGCCAGAAACUCGAGUCGCAGCAGCAGGAGAAUACGACUGUCAAGAAGGAAUUUGACCUCCUUGACGAUGAGGCGAAUAUCUACAAGCAGAUUGGCCCCGUACUUCUGAAGCAAGACAAGACAGAGGCGCUCAUGUCGGUGAACGGCCGUCUAGAGUUCAUCGAGAAGGAGAUCAGGCGAUUUGAGACACAGAUCACGGGCAUCCAGGAUAAGAGCGAGAAGCUCAAGGUUGAGAUUAUCCAGAUACAGAACGCCGCCCAGCAACAGCAACAACAAGCGCAAGCUGCAGCAUAGACAUAUAUUGCGACAAAAGCAAGCGGGAAGCAAAAUAAGAUACCCAUUUCGAUUCAACACUAUGGCUAGCCAGCAAUUCACUCAUGUUCGUGC